AUGAGUUUUCAGUCUAAAGGAGACCAUGACACCGAUGACGAUGUUCCCAUAAUCAAUAUUACUGAUGAUAAUGUGAUAACAACAAGUAAUGGAAAUAUGCCGGUAGAGAAUGGUGGUCGAUCUCAUUCACUCGUGGAUGAUAUCACACAUUAUCGGUUUUCAUCAUCAAUCUUCGAUUUAGUUUCUGUCUCCACAUUUAAAUUUGUUUUAUUUAUUAUUCUUUACACCGAAUUGGAGACACGUGUCAUCUUUCAACUCUAUUAUCAAUCCUAUUCAUCCCUUCUUCGUUAUUUAUUAAUUCUUUUGACACUCACUUCUCAUCUGAUCUCAUUAGCUUAUUCUAUUGUUAAACUCUUAUUUGUUCUAAAAAAUACAUCAUCCUUGCAGCCGAUCUACUUGUCUAUUGUUUAUAUAUUUCUCGUAUUUUCGUCAUUAGAAUUAAUUGGCUUUAUUAUCCUUCAACCAUAUUUAAAUCGACUAAAAUUAAUCGAAGAAAAACGAGAUCUAUCAGUGAAAAAAAAAGCCGAUCUUAAACGCUUAUUAUCAUUGUCGAAAAAUGAAAGAUCCCUUAUAGCCAUUGGUACAUUUUUUUUAAUAUUAUCAGCGGCGACUCAAAUCGUUCAACCAUAUUAUUUCGGUAAAAUCGUCGAUAAUGCAUUGAAAUCUCGGACAAUGAAAGAAGUGAACACUAACUUGUUGAUUCUAUUCAUUAUCAAUUGUGUUGGCGCUCUAACAUCGUUUAUUCGUUCAUGGACAUUUGAAUUAGCCGGACAAAGAAUGGUCUAUCGUUUGAGGAAAUCAAUAUUUUCAAAUCUUACCAAACAAGAAAUUGCAUUUUUCGAUGAAACGCGAACAGGUGAAUUAACCAAUCGUUUGUCAUCCGAUACUCAAGUGUUACAAAAUGCGGUUACCGUUAAUAUAUCAAUGUUAUUACGAUUUUCCCUCCAACUUAUUGGAAGUCUGGCGGUAAUGUUCUAUUUGGAAGUGUCGUUGACACUUGUUCUAAUGGCUGUAGUGCCUGUUGUGAUAUUAAUAUCUAUGCAAUAUGGAAAAUUAGUGAGAAAAUUACGAAAAACAUUUCAGGAUGAAUUAGCCAAUGCUGGAACGACAGCCGAAGAAUGCAUUUCAAACAUGCGUACUGUUCGCAUGUUUGGUAGCGAAAGAAAAAUGAAUAUUAAUUACAGUGAUAAUGUUUAUAAAUCUUAUUUAGUUGGAAAGAAAUUAGCAUUCAACUCUGGUCUUUUUAUGGGUGUUACCGGUCUUCUAACGGCAGCAGGUAUCUCAGCUGUCUUGUGGUAUGGGGCUAAAUUGGUUCAUGAUGGAAAACUGUCAGCGGGUCUAUUAACAUCAUUUCUCAUGUACAUGUUACAAGUAGCAUUAGCAUUUGCUUUCUUGUCAUCAUUAUACGGAGAUUUUAUGCAAGCAGUGGGUGCAAGUGAGCGAAUAUUUGACCUACUGGACAAGAAAGGAAAAAUACCCACCGAAGACGAACAUGGACAAAUGGCUAAACCACAUGAGUUUGACGGAAGUAUUAGAGUUCAAGAUGUAUGUUUCAAAUACCCGACGAGACAAGAUCAACAAGUGUUAACAAAUAUUUCGUUUGAAAUCAAACAUGGACAAAAGGUUGCACUCGUCGGACCGAGCGGUGGUGGAAAAAGUACAAUUGCCUCGUUAAUUGAACGUUUUUAUGAUCCAACGUCUGGUGUGAUAUAUUUGGGUCCAACAUCGAUUCCCCUAACUGACGUCGAUCCUCUAUGGUUACGUGAACAUGUUUCGUUCGUCAAUCAAGAACCGUGUCUCUUUGCAUGUUCAAUUAAAGACAACAUCUGUUUUGGUAAACAAGGUGAAGUGGCUAUGGAGGAAAUUAUUCGCGUAGCCAAACAAGCGAAUGCUCAUGACUUCAUCGAUAGCUUUGAUCAGAAAUAUGACACGUUAGUGGGCGAAAGAGGAGUUAGAUUGUCAGGUGGACAGAAACAACGGAUAUGCAUCGCUCGAUCAUUAUUAAUAAAUCCACAAUUAUUGUUGUUAGACGAAGCGACAAGCGCUCUGGAUGCUGAAAGUGAACAUUUGGUUCAAGAAGCGAUUGAACGUGCUAUGAUUGAUCGUACUGUGUUGGUUAUUGCACAUCGUUUAUCUACAGUGAGAAAUGCGAACAGAGUAAUUGUAAUUGACAAAGGUUGUAUUGUUGAACAGGGUGUACACGAGGAAUUAAUCGAAAAAGACGAAGGAAUCUAUAAAAAAUUAGUUUUAAGACAACUGAUGCCGGGUGAUGCACCAACGAAAAAAUAA